AUGAAGGUUUGGUUGCAGAUUCUGAGCACGCCAACCGCGGAUACGCCUGGCACGACGUUGGUGUUACACUUUGACGAGAAGAGAUACUUGAUUGGAAAUGUGGGGGAAGGGACUCAGAGAGCCGCUGCGCAGAGAAAAAUAGGGUUUAUCAAGCUUGGAGAUAUCUUUUUGACGGGCCCCAUCAGUUGGAGUAAUGCUGGGGGGAUCUUGGGCAUGAUCCUUACUGUUGCGGAUUCCUCUGCCCAUUCAAGGGAACAAAGCAAAGUGGACGAAACGAAGAAGAAGAAGAACAAUAACAAGCGGUCGGAACCUCCGAAUAACAAUGACAACGCCGACGAGGGGAAGGCCUGGCUGAACAUAUACGGCGGCAGGAACCUGACGCAUCUCCUUGCUACCGCGAGACGAUUCAUAUUUAGGCAGGGCAUGCCACUACGCACAACCGAGUUCAGACCUAAAAAGGCAGGUCAACAAAGCAAUUGGGACCCUGCGUGGCAGGAUGACUUCAUCAAGGUGUGGGAUUUGGUUCUAGAGCCAGAAGAAGAUCAGUCUCUUAGUCCGAGGAAGAGAAGCCACGAAGAAUUCUCUGCUGAUUCACAGGAAGUUACUCCUGAAGACAAUAAAGAAAGUGCGGAAGAAAAGGAGGAGCGAUGUGACCAAUUGCGAAAGUCGGUGGUUUCGUCCAUGUUCGACUCGAACUGGCGUUUGGAUGCUCUUACUACCAGAAAGCUCUCCGAGGUCGCAUUGCCAGCUGCUAUUUUCGUCAGAAAUGAGCAAGGUAAGAUAGAAAAGUACCGCGGCCCCAUGCCAGAAGGAGGAAAGGACGUCCCUGAUAUAGACGUCCUUGUCCGAAGUCCCUGGCCUGGAGCUCUUAUCGAAGAACUCCCGCCUACAACUCCCUCGACAACCUCAGUGUGCUAUAUUAUCAAGGGUCACCCCCAGCGGGGAAAGUUUGAUGCGAAAGCCGCUAUUGCUCUGGGGGUUGAGAAAGGUCCUAAUUUUAGGCGUUUGACCCAAGGAGAGAGUGUGACAACUGCUAGCGGAAGUGUAGUGACUCCUGAGAUGGUGUUGGGACCAACGAGAGUAGGCAGCGGAUUUGCAAUUGUAGAACUGCCGAGUGCUUCAUAUGUCAAGCCGUUGCUCAUGCGUGGGGAGUGGCAGUCAACAGAAGUCAUGGACGGCGUGGCAGCCGUAGUUUGGAUUCUUGGGCCAGGUGUGAUCAAUAAUCCGAAGUUGCAGGAAUUCAUGGCAGAUCGAAGUCACUUGAAGCACAUUGUUUCAUCCGAGGAUUGCUGUUCGAAUUAUCUCGCACUUGAAUCGGCUGCUUCGGCUGCAAUCCGAUUGAACCUCAUAGAUCCCGAACGGUUCCCAAUCCCGAACCACAGCAAUUCUGUCACUCAACAGCAGAGUGGAGAGCCGAGGCCUUAUGAAAAGGCAGUGCCUGGGCUAACGUUGCAGCUGGAGCCACAGGCUGAAUUGCAAUAUGACAAGAUUAUACACCAUCUCGAUACGGAAGGUGUUGUCAAGGAGAUGCCCAAAGAAGUCCUCGACCUGGCCGAAAUUGCCCGCGCGGAAGUUUUGAACCCAGAGUACCUAGCAAGACUCGAUGAGAAUCAGAAGGACAUCCCUAGCAAGGAUGCUGAGAUUGUGACUUUAGGAACUGGUUCAGCCCUACCUUCCAAGUAUCGGAACGUCUCUGCUACUUUGAUUCGAGUUCCAGGAUAUGGCACCUACCUUCUCGAUUGUGGUGAGAAUACACUUGGUCAGCUAAAGAGAGUGUACGGGGAGGGAUUGCCGGAAGUUCUGCGUGAUUUAAAGGCAAUAUGGAUCAGCCAUCUUCAUGCUGAUCACCAUCUUGGGACGGCCGCUGUGAUCAAAGCAUGGGCUGCGGAGACCGCUCUGCACGAUCUGACGAAGAAUAACAAGCUUCGCGUUGUGUCUCAUGGAGGUAUGACAGCCUGGCUCGAGGAGUACUCAGAAGUAGAAGACUAUGGCUACGGCCGAGUUGAAACCCUAAUGGUUGGUCGUUCAAACUGGAAAUUCUGGGAUUUCAAUCACCAUUUCAAGCCUCAAGAAGUAAAGGAGACCGGUAUCUCUUCCAUUCAAGCUUGCCCGGUCGAGCAUUGUCACGGCGCUGCUGCUGUGGUUAUCAACUUCUCUAACGGGUUCAAACUCGCAUACUCUGGAGACUGUCGACCCUCAGAGAAUUUUGUGAGGAUUGGUCAAGGGGCUACCCUUUUAGUUCACGAGGCUACAUUCGAUGAUGAGCUCCAGGGAGAUGCUAUGGCUAAGAAACAUUCUACGACAGCAGAGGCUCUCGGUGUUGGGAGGCGGAUGAAUGCCAGACGAAUCCUGUUGACGCAUUUCUCACAAAGAUAUCAGAAGAUUCCAGUGAUGGAUAGCCACGGAGGGAAAGACCAAGUGGCUAUCGUUGCUUUCGAUUACAUGCGGGUGAAGCUGGAAGACUUUGCCAAGCUUGAUGCUUUCAAACCUGCGUUGAUGAAACUUUAUGACGAGAAUCAAUGA